ACACAAGGUGGAAAAUAGAGGAAAGAGAAAAGUGAAACCAAAAAUAGAGUAAUGUAUUACUCAGUUUUAAGCUAUUGUGGAGUAAGAACAUGAUUAAUCCGGAGUAGGUGGAGGUCCUGGCGGCGACGAUCGUCUGGGAAGUUCACUGAUAAACAGUAUUUGCAGUCUAUGGCACAAACUGUUCAUGCUUUCGAUUCCCGUCUUCGUCAAGGUCGAUCAGCUCAAACUAGGCACGAGCGGACAUACCCUGACCGUCAAAGUCGUCGGCCAAACCUCCGUUCCUCAGAAACCAAACGCCGCUUCUUCUCACCUCCGACCCAAUCGGAUCGCCAAGUGUCUGGUCGGAGACGAGACUGCUUCCAUCCUCUUCACCGCUCGCAACGAUCAAGUGGACUUGAUGAAGCCAGGGAGUACUGUGAAGAUUGAUAUGUUCAAGGGGUCGAUGAGGCUUGUUGUUGACAAAAUGUUGAGGUUACUGAACCUGUUGAAAGAGGAUAACAAUCUGUCUCUUGUGGAGUAUGAACUGGUUAAUGUCGAGGAAUGGUCUCUGUCUGAUAAGGGUAUGUAUCAAUCGCCACAAUGGGUUUUGUUUUGUGGUAUGUAUCGGGCGAAAUGUUGAAAAGGUGGGAGAUUAUAUGUUUAUCUUAUGACAGUUGCAAGUUUGGUGUUUACCUACCGGUAGUAGAGAUACAUUAUGUUGAUCUUGGGUUUUGGUGCACAUUAUAUCAUCAUCAUCAGGGGUAUGUACUCUUGUGGAUGCUUUUGUAAACCUCUUCACUGUUUUUGUAUGGUUCUUCAACACAGAGGUUAAUGAAAAACUUGGUAAAGAGUUUGGUGUGUGAA